AUGGCUAAUUAUUUGUCUCGUUUAAAGAAAAAACCGUUUCCAGAUUAUGUUAAGAAAAGAGUGAAAGAAGAGAUUAGAAAAAUCCAAGGAAGUUUUUUCUGGCAGUCAAACGAGAGAACUAAAGAAA